CAAUGAUGGACUUUUCCACGAUGAUUUAGAAUAAUGCACAUACUUAUCCACCAUUGGACAAACACGUCGUGUUUUUAGUAGACUUUUGUAAUAUUUUUGUUCAUACAUGAUGUUUUCAGUAUUUUGGAGUAUACUUUUCUUCUGCGUUUCUAUAGUACACUCUGUCCACAAAGAUGAAGCACAAUGUCAUCCAGAAGAGGUCCACAUUACUUUUGGCGACAAAGUAUCAGAUGUCGUGGUCAUGUGGUCAACAGUUGGUAAUUGUUCCACUUCGUUAGAAUAUGGUCCCGGACCGUGGGGAUUAUCACAUACAGCCAGUGGGGAUACCAAACUGUUUACAGAAACAAACCCCAACGGAAAACAUUUCCUCCACAGGGUUGAGGUUAAGGACCUGGGUAGUUCCACGACAUAUUUCUACAGACCUAUUAGUAACGGGAUAAGCAGCGGACCAUUUUACUUCAAGACGCCACCGUCGGGAUAUGACUGGAGUCCGGAGUUUUUGGUAUAUGGUGAUUUGGGCGUGGAGUCUGAUGCGAUUCCCGCUUUGGAAACAGAGGCUUUAUCAGGGAAAUAUACGUCAAUUUUUCAUGUUGGCGACUUUGCAUACAAUAUGGAGGACGAUGGAGGAAAACAAGUAAAUGACACGCACAAAAAUAACUCUUCCGUGGAUUUGUGCGAAAAUAAGAGAGGAGACACGUUUUUACGCUUAAUAGAAGAUUUUUCUUCAAGGGUGCAGUAUCUGACUUCUCCUGGGAAUCAUGAAAUCGACCAAGGUAGUUUCGCUCAUUACCGGUAUCGUUUUUCUACACCUGGUACAUCCUGGCCCAUCCCACUGAACAAAAUGUGGUACAGCAUAGACAUAGGACUCGUGCACUUUAUCAGCUAUUCCACGGAAGUGUUUUUCACGUCUGACGGACGGUACAUCGCCGAACAGGAAACAUGGCUCAAGGCAGAUUUAAAGCAAGCAAACGACAACAGAGCACGUUGUCCCUGGGUCAUCGUUCUGGGUCACCGCCCAAUGUAUUGCUCCAAUAGUGAUGAGGAUGACUGCACAAAGACAGACUCUAAAGUUCGCGCCGGAUUGGAAGACAUUUUCUUCAACUAUGGAGUUGACUUAGUUCUACAAGCACACGAGCAUUCUUAUGAGCGAUUGUGGCCGCAGUAUAAAGGAGUGGUACUCAGCAAGAACUAUACAAAUCCCCAGGCACCAGUUCAGCUCAUCUCGGGAGCAGCAGGGAGCAAGUAUAAGGGAGAUAACGAAAAAGCCAAUAGAGGAGAAUGGUCUGCAUUUGCAAAUACAGAUGAAUCUCUAAAUAGCGUGGGCAAAUUGAAAAUUAUGAAUUCAACGCACUUGUAUUGGGAACAAUACAAUUUGUUAACAAAACGUGUGAUUGAUUCAGUUAUAAUCGUACAAGAUAACCACGGGCCAUUCAAACAACAAAAAUUAUCCAAUGAUGUCACGCAGAAAAUUGAAAAAAUUAAGCAAAAGGAGAAAGAGAAGAUUGAAAGCUCAAAGAUUAAUCCGUCUCCACCUAAUCGUCAUGGAGAAUCUGGUAAUUCAUCAGGAAGCACGAAGUCUUUAGGCACCGGUCAAAAAAUAAAGGAAAUGUUGACUCACGUUGAUAAAAGAAUAGCGAUUGGGGUUGGUAGCGGAGUUGGUGCUCUUAUUUUACUAAUUGUGAUAAUAUGUGUUGUAAAAAAGAAGAAAGCUGCUACAGUACGGAAGUACCGAAGAUGGGACGAUAAAGUUGAUUACGGAAGAAAGUUCUACUCUAGUUACAAUCACGUGGAUUCUGGAGAUAAGGAAGCAGACGACUUUGAAGUUGACGUCAGUGAUGGUAAUCUACCAACUAGUAAACUUUUAACAGACGACCGGAAAUGACGUAUGUAAUACCCACUGGUGUCCUUCAAAAAGCCAAAGUCCAAUGUGUGGUCAAAAAUAAACAAAAAUGCUGGCUCUUGCCAUUCUGCCAGUUGUGUGCCAAAUUCCAUAAAGAACAAAUAUCAACGAACAUACAUGGAAAAUUAUAUUUUUCACGAUCAUUUGUAUCAUCGUUAUGAUACAAUUGAAAGAAACAUAAUUAUUGCACACUGAAAACAAGUUGUGUCCGAAUAUAUAUAUACAAGUAUCUCUUAAUAUUUUAAAUACGUUAAAUUCAAAAUGGUAUUAAAUUUGCAAAAGUUCUUUACUUCAGCGAAGCGUAAUGUAAAAUUGCACAUCGACCCAGAUCGGAAAUCGAUAGAUUUGUUGAAAAAAUCGUUAUUCAGACCCAUGUGAUCUACAUUGCCAUGAGUCAUAAAUGUAUCUAGUCAUAAGAUGAAGAAAAACGUAAAUGCAAAUAUUAUUUGUUUACUCUUAAAGAUACUCAUUUUUAAUGUUUCACAGCGAAAUUUCUGAAUACAUAAUACUUAGGCCCGGGUACUGGGCAAGCAACAUUUCGGGGGGGGGGGGGGCAUAUUCAGAUUUCUAAAUAUGUUCCCUUGAAAAUGUAUUAGAGGACGCGGACACAUUCAGAGCUAUUUGGACCAAUAUGUAAUUUUGUGUAUAUGUAGUGCUAUUUAAUAAGUCUCUUGUAGCUAUUAGACUUAAAUUAUUAGUGUAGACACGUGAACUGUCUAUCAUUAUUUCAAAAAGGAUAGGUUAACUUUGUUCUUUUUCAUCAAAAUGCCUUUUCUUCCGAAGAUGCAUCAAACGUAUUCACAGUCGUCAAAGCAUUUAAAAUCUGUUAGCGGUUGUUGCAUAUUUGGGGUUGUUGAAGGGGCUGGGACACAGAUUUGAAGUUAAUAUUCUCUAAAAUUUUCAGUAUAUAAUAUCAUGAUUUAUAUGUUGCUAGAGCAUUUUACGCAGAAAUAUAAUAGAAGCGUGUUAAGAAACUUCUUUUAUCUGCAAUUAUUAAAACUACGAAUUUCGGGACACGUUUGAUUGACACAUAUCCUUUCACUUUCAUGAAGUAAACUUUAUCCUUAAUAUAUACUUAAAAGUAGAAAUUUUGUUGUGCAUUAAUGAAAAAUAUUAAAACUAUAAUCAAGGAAUUCAGAGUAGAAGUGUGAGAAAGCAAAACCAACUCACCAGUAUUGUCAGUCCGUGCUCAGUGAUGUGUACAAGGGUAAACAAAUGGAACACAUGCGAUAAAACGUAAACACUAACAAUAACAAAGCUUGUGCCCUGUUUACAAAGACAAAUGUUUGACGUGAUGUAAAAAAGAAUGUCGCUGUCAUUGAAUUCUAAGAAUAUUCGUGUAAGUUUAAUUCAUUUAACUGAAUUUAGUUUUUGAAUAAACAAGGAAUUUUUAAAAUGUCAACUGUGUCUAGGCCCAUUUAAUCUCAAAUGGAAACACGUCAAUGAGAUUUGUAGUUUGUUACUGAAAGGAAUCGCAUGUUGUUUUGUCAGUAAUCAAUGUUGUUUGUGGUUGUUGUCUUCACUGUUUUUGUAGAGAUAAUGUCAAGAAUUUUCCUUGAAUGUUGUCCUGGCGAAGGGUGUCAAGUAUUGGGUGUACAUGUAUUUAUGUUGUAUUGGUGGAGGUUGAUGUUGUACAUUUUUUGGGUAUAUGUUGUUUUGGCGAAGGGUUGUUAUUGUCCAGUAUUUCGUGUGAUUUCACUGCAUUGGCAAAAUGUAAGCUUGAUGUUUGGACAAAGAUCAUUUUUGUCAUGAAAGAUUGUUGUCUGUAUUUGUUGUUUUGGUUUAGGGCUGUGUUGUUAAUGUUUUGGUUUGUGUUGUUUGGGUGGAGGGUUGGUUUGGUGUUGUCAGAGUUUUGGUUUGUGUGUUUGGGUGAAGGGUUGCUGUUGUCUAAGAGUUGAUGUGUUUGUGAUGUUUCAUAAAGGGCUAGUGUUGUAAAAGCUCGUCUAUGUUGUUUUUCGAAGGGUUGGUGUUGUUAAGGUUUUGGUAGGUGUUGUUUUGGUGAAGGGUUGAUGUUGUCAAGGUUUUAGUAUGUUUGUUGUUUUGGUGAAGGAUUGUUGUUGCAAAGUUAGUGUUGUGUUGUUUUAGUAAUGGCGUUGUAAAAUUUGUGUUGUCAGAAAUUCGGGAUAAUAUGUUGUUUUGAUGAAAGGUUAGUGUUUUUAACAUUUAAUAUCUGAAUGUUUUGUCGUUGUAGCAAAGUGUUUGUGUCGUAAGCUAUAGUAUAUUUGUUUGUGCAGUAAGGGUUUUAUUUGUCCAUUUUUUUUUAAAUUACUUAUUUAAUCGAAUGAUCAAAUCAAUCAAAUGAUGUGUUUAAAUGAGAAGGCUUUGUAUUGGUUUCGUGAAGAUGUAGCAUAUUUAAUUAAAUAUUUUGGCAUGGUACCCUAUGCUACAAUAGAUUUGUUCAUUCUCGCCAGUUAGAAAGUUUGUUGAGAGUUUGGCUAAAAUUACCGGGUAUUGUUUGUGUAAGUGAAGAUUUGUAAUUGACUGGUUCUAGUUUGGAAUAGUGAACAAAAAUGUACAGAUCUUCAGAUGUGGUCUCUUGGUAAGUUUGAGCUACUAUUUUUGCGAGUCGAGCGUUUGUAGUGUUUGAGUAUAUGUAUAUUUAUGUAAAUAUUGUAAGAGUGUUCUUGGGUUGAUAAAGGCGACUGUGCAUACUUUGAUUUAUCUUCACUGCCAAUCAGUGAAAAGUUUUUAAAAAAAUUGUUUUAUCAUGUUUUUGAUAUAUGGAUUUAUACAAAGAAGAAUGAAAAUUAAAAUUGUAUUCUGUUGGUUUAAGGCGAGAUAUUGCUUUUUGCAUGUGCCAAGUUAUGUUUACUGAGCGUCUGCGAAGAACUUAUAGAGAUUACAUGCUUGUAUUGUUUUUUGGUUUUUGACCUUUUUUCUCAUGCUACUUCUAUACUUUUUUUUUUAAACUUGACCAAACUUGAUCUAUUUUAUCUUAGCAAUAGUCCCGCAAUUCAUUGUGUUGAUCAUUUGUAAUUAGUCCGUAGGAUAAUUUUAUUUAAUCUAUCAUCAAUUCAAAUGCAUUUUUAAAAUGAUAUUUUGUAUUUUCUGGUGCUGUGUACAAGGUGGAGGAAUGAUACAUAUAUGAAUGUAAAAACUUUGUAUUAAAAAAUCUGAAUAAAUAAUAAUUGCAUCCGCUGUCA